AUGUCCAGUGGUUCCCCUCCCUCUGUGGCGGCGGCGGCGGGAUCGGGCCCGGGGCGGAGCCGCUUCACUCACUGGCGGUCGGAGCGCGGCUUCCAGCAGGUGAGGCCCGGGGAGAGGCCGGGGUCCGGGGUCCGGGGAGAGGCCGGGGUCCGGGGUCCGGGGAGAGGCCGGGGUCCGGGGAGAGGCCGGGGUCCGGGGUCCGGGGAGAGGCCGGGGUCCGGGGUCCGGGGAGAGGCCGGGGUCCGGGGAGAGGCCGGGGUCCGGGGAGAGGCCGGGGUCCGGGGAGAGGCCGGGGUCCGGGGAGAGGCCGGGGUCCGGAGUCCGGGGAGAGGCCGGGGUCCGGGGUCCGGGGAGAGGCCGGGGUCCGGGGAGAGGCCGGGGUCCGGAGUCCGGGGAGAGGCCGGGGUCCGGGGUCCGGGGAGAGGCCGGGGUCCGGGGUCCGGGGAGAGGCCGGGGUCCGGGGUCCGGGGAGAGGCCGGGGUCCGGGGAGAGGCCGGGGUCCGGGGAGAGGCCGGGGUCCGGGCAGAGGCCGGGGUCCGGGGUCCGGGGAGAGGCCGGGGUCCGGGGAGAGGCCGGGGUCCGGGCAGAGGCCGGGGUCCGGGGUCCGGGGAGAGGCCGGGGUCCGGGGAGAGGCCGGGGUCCGGGGUCCGGGGAGAGGCCGGGGUCCGGGGUCCGGGGAGAGGCCGGGGUCCGGGGUCCGGGGAGAGGCCGGGGUCCGGGGUCCGGGGAGAGGCCGGGGUCCGGGGAGAGGCCGGGGUCCGGGGUCCGGGGAGAGGCCGGGGUCCGGGGUCCGGGGAGAGGCCGGGGUCCGGGGUCCGGGGAGAGGCCGGGGUCCGGGGAGAGGCCGGGGUCCGGGGAGAGGCCGGGGUCCGGGCAGAGGCCGGGGUCCGGGGUCCGGGGAGAGGCCGGGGUCCGGGGAGAGGCCGGGGUCCGGGCAGAGGCCGGGGUCCGGGGUCCGGGGAGAGGCCGGGGUCCGGGGUCCGGGGAGAGGCCGGGGUCCGGGGUCCGGGGAGAGGCCGGGGUCCGGGGAGAGGCCGGGGUCCGGGGUCCGGGGAGAGGCCGGGGUCCGGGGUCCGGGGAGAGGCCGGGGUCCGGAGUCCGGUGUCCGGGGGUCCGGCCUGGCAGCCGCGCGGCCCGAGGCCCCCGGAAGCCGCGGACUCGGCUGCAGUUUGUCCCCGGCCUGGAGGACCUGUCGCCGGCCUCAGGCCUGGAGGGAGGCGGAGGCCCGAGUGA